UCUUUUGUUAUUUUUACAUCGUGCAGUCUGAUGGGCUUGAGUCGCAGACUCUCAUUUCAUCGGCACAACGAAGCCAUUUGAAAUGGCCGGUGGAUGUUGUUUAUCUUCUCGCGCCAUACCCGCAUUUUGGCGGAGAAAAAGCAAUUAUUUAGCGAGUUUGAUGCUGUGCUGCUACGUCCUCGUAUUCUUGGUCCGUCAAGUAAACGUCAAUAAGCUUGUCACAGAGGAGAAACAUAUUCAAAUAACAGCCGAUGACCAGCAAGAAAAAAUCAAACCAUUUAAGACAAUACUCUACUGGAACAGUUUCUUCACUUUGAAAGAUUACGCCUUCGGAUUCGGACAGGAGCCAUUUGUAAACGCAAAAUGCGCGACAACGAGUUGCGUAACCACCGACGACCGAAGUUUAUUCAACAUCAGCGACGUCGUCAUUUUCUCCAUUCAAGAAUUGAAUUUAAGCGACUUGCCAGCGUAUCGAUUUCCCCACCAGCGUUUCGUCUUCUACGAAAUGGAAUCGCCAUCGACGACCGAUCCGAUUCCUUUGCUCAACAACCGCACGCGAUUCGGAUUCUUCAAUUGGACCAUGACCUACCGACUCGAUUCGGACGUCGUUAAUCGAGACGCCUAUGGAAUCGUAGUGCCGAUUAAAGAUAACAGUUUAUCGUCCGCCUAUCCGAAAUCACGGCGCAACGGCAGCACGUCGUUCGUUCGGAAUGACUCACCUGUCAACAUCAGCGGCAAGAAGAAAUUGGCCGCUUGGUUUGUUUCCAAUUGCGUCACGACCAGCCGUCGCGAAGAUUACGUGCGAGAGCUGGUCAAAUACAUGCCGGUGGACAUUUACGGCCAGUGCGGCAAUCUGACGUGCGAAGAUCAGACGCGCGGACGCGAAAUGGUCCGCGACGAUUACAAAUUUUACAUCGGAUUCGAAAACGCCCUUUGCACGGACUACGUGACGGAAAAACUGAUGGUCGGCUUCUUCUACGACGCCGUCCCUGUGGUCAAAGGUGCUGUGAAUUACGCGGAAUUCGCCCCUCCGCAUUCGUUCAUCGACGUCAACGAUUUCGCAUCGCCCAAACAACUGGCCGAUUAUCUGCUACUGUUGAACGAGACGGACUCUUUGUACGCUCGUUACUUCGACUGGAGACGUGACUUCACCGUGGAACUCUAUCAGAAACGGGGCUGGUGUCACUUGUGUCAAAUGGCUCACGAUCAUCAACUCCCGUCCAAAACCUACGACGACAUUUUGACGUGGUGGGUGGACGACCCCAAGAAUUGCGAUCUGCCUAAAUAAAAUAAACUUACUUGAACAUUU